GGUUCACGCCGUCUGGUUGUGACUUCUUUAUAUAAUCGUUGGUGGUUCCUCUAUUGGUGUCCUUGUGUCGUUGCUUCCUUCUUGAUUGUUGUUGAUGUUGAACCCUCUGAUCGUGAUGCAUCCGUGAUGGAGUCUGGGAUACCUGACUGUGAUCUGCCGAGGGUUCGGGAUACUUUGGCAGAACCUGAUCAGGAUGCGGGGAAGUUAAUCGUAAAGAAGAUGAUGUGCAUCACGAUGAAGAAAACGCACAUGUGA